AUGGGACGGACCCUCAUCAUUCGUGGUAAAAAAGUUCCAUCACGAAGCGUGGGAGGCGUCGGCUUUGUCGUCCACCCAUCUAUCGUCCAUCUUGUCGAUUCGCACGAGAUCCUAUCAUCUCGACUAGGCAUCCUACAACUACACCCUCCACGUCAGAAGACCAUCAGCAUCAUCAACUGCUACUCGCCAACAUCAGCAGCUGACGACUCAGAACUAGAUGCUUUCUACGAAGAUGUGGAGGAGGUCGUCCGCAACGAGAAGUCCUUUCAUAAGUUUAUUGUGGGCGACUUCAACGCGAAAAUCGAGAUGCCACUGGAAAACGAAUAUAGGAUCGGGAAGUUUGGAUAUGGGCUCCGGAACGAAAACGGUAACGGUCUUGUUGGGCUUCUUUCCGCCGCACGACUUUUCCAUGGAAAUUCCAUUUUCAUGAAGACAGAACAUUGCCGGUGGACUUGGGAAUCGCCCAACGGAACGACUCAUGCGGAGAUCGAACACAUUCUCAUCAACCGAAGGUGGAGCUUGCUCGAUGUCUCAGUAGUUCCAUUUUUCUGCAUUGGCUCCGAUCACCGCCUCCUUCGAGCGAAGGUACGAUUCAGUCGAAGGCUGGAAAAGCUGGAGGAGCUCAUAUCAAGUUGUGACUGGCCCAUCGAAGAGGAACCAACGUACGACUACGACAGGCUUCUGAAAGGAUUGCGAGCUUGCGGAGAGUGCGCCUCAGUGACUUCCGAGAAGAACGUGGAACGCAUGUCGAAGACCACCAAGGAAAUGCUCGAAAGAAGAAGAUUUUUGAGGCAGGAUCCGAAUGCCACCCAUCUCGAGCAACUGAUAACCAACGCCAGUUGCAGCUUGGAGCCAGCUUUGUAG